UUUCGCGGUUGUUUAUUUUGGUCCGCCCGUUUCGGUAGCAUUAAUUGAUAUUAAUUAAUAGCUUGGAUGACGGUUCGCCCCGUUGGAGAGGAUGAGUUUUGAUAACGGCAAUGAUAGUUUAGCGUGCACGACUGGUUUCGGCUUCGGCCGAUCGUUUCAAUACAUAUAUCAGGAGGUCAACCUCGAACGACCUGCUUAUCUGAAGUCUCGCGUCUAUUUGCCUGACAAAUCCGAUCUAUUAAACCGGCGUUGACGUUUUUCUUGCAUACAGAUUUGAAUCAUGAACGAUUAACUGCUGAAUUCUCUGGAUUUAAUUGCUCAAUCGAAGAAAAAGAUUAACUUGAAAAUUGUUUUAAUUGAUGAAAUUGAUGAAAUUAUGUUGUCCAAUUAUUCACAUGUCCGUGUCAAUAAUAAAAUAAUCGAGCGAGCUGUUUUAUGCGGAUGUAAUCUGCUUAUUAAUUUCACGGUUUUUAAGUAGAAUUAUACAUGUAUGUAUAUAUGUACAUUUUGCUCUAAGUGUCAUGCUAAUACUGUGAAUCAUACUUUUUUUGUAUCAUUAUACGCAAGUCCGGAGUUCAAUAUUUAGUCGAUUAAUGAAUUUCAUCUCGUUUAAUUAUGCAUACGAUAUUUCUUGAUACCUAGGCUUUGUACAGUCUUUGUAAGUCUCUUUUCAUUUUCUUUUCAUCUUCUCUUUUGCCUGCCUGAUUAGGUCGACAGGUACUUAUAUUUGUCAGAAAACUUUCUAUUCUAAAGUACAAUUCUACUAAUUGCUAUUCUAUUCUAUAUAUAUUUCGCCUUGUCAAUUCCUGAAGAAGCUAAUUCAAAUUAGGUUAAAAAUACGAUUUCAUCAAAGAAUAUUCCAAGGUCAAUGGGAGAAAUAAAUAAAUAAAUAAACAACAGAAGGACAGAAUACAUCGAAUGACGCACGUUGGGUGCGGGCGAUUUAUUUCGCACCUAUACGACGGCUCGUGCAUACGCGAGUGUUCGAUUGGAAGGUCGAGGCCGAAAUCGCGUUGAAGAAGGGAAAUAAAGAAACCAGAAAAAAGAGAAGUCAGGCCUUUACGAAGAUGAAGGAAUUGUUUAGGCGCGAAGAAACAUCCGUACAUUCAAUCGUAUACUUGUGUACGGGCGUAUAAAUACAUAUUCACGAGCGGAUGUUGAAGCAUUGCUAAGGUCCACGUGGUCGUGGAUCACGGUGGUGGCAACAGUCUGCCUCCGACCGUCGUCGUCCAAGUGUGUAUUAAACGCGAGUCGGAGUAUUUCUCUUCAAGCAACGAGAAGACCGAGGAAGGCCGAGGGAACAGGAACAAGUUCCCUUUCGUUCAGUGUUUUCGCCCGAAGGCGUCUCGGGAGGAACGUUCGCCAAAAAUCCGCGAGAGAGAACGGCGUUUUUAGCGUCCGGGCUCUGAAUCGGGAUGAUAAACCUCCGGGGUGUCGGGGUCGAACAUCAGGGUGUCUCGACGUAACGACGAUCCGUUCCCACGAAUUCGCGCUUCUUACUUUAUACACCUAAUCGCGUGGCUGGUGCUCGAUUCUCCUCUGUGAAUUCUUUCGUUUUUCCCGCGUGUUUGGUGACUGCGGUUUUACUAAUUUGCGACCCGAUCGAUGAGGCUCGAGUGAUAUUACAACCGAUAAAGCGAAAUCUUAUCUUUUGGUCCGAAGGAAUUCACCGUGCAAGUAAACGUCUAAACCGCUUCCACGAAGAUGAGGGUCGACCAGAUUGGACUUCUUCUAUGGAAGAACUAUAUAGUACGGAAACGUCAACCGGGCAUACUAGGCCUGGUGUUCCUGUGGCCGGUGGCAGUAUUUAUGAUCCUAUAUACGAUUCGCGACAAUGUGGAUCCGAAGUACUAUCCGACUUGCCAAUUUCCAGCGAGGUCCAUGCCGCAAAAUGGACUGCUGCCGUUUGUUCAGAGUUUCAUUUGCAGCCUCGGCAACCCGUGUGAUCCGUUGUCGGAAUACGAAGAAGUCCCUUCUUACGAAACUGCCACUCUAGGUCCGUUGGUGGUCGAACUACAGCCGAUGCUCGGCAACGAGACGAUUCUUUCCGCGAUCAGAACGUUACCAAACAGCAUCCAGCUUCUGAAAUCGAUGGCGCAGAUACUCACUAAACCGGAAAUCAAGGCGUUGUUCGAUCGAGGCAUUCGAUUGGGCGAUUUAUUCAACAACCACGACGAAAUCAAGGACCUCCUCAGGCUGCAGAUGCCGAACGCGAGGGACGGGUUGAUCGAUGGAUUAUUUAAUUCGUCCAUUAAAUUACUAUAUCUCAUCGAGGCGUUCGGCUCGUCGAACAUCGAUGGGGUGAUCUGUUCCCCGGAAAGUUUGAGAAAGUACCUGCUUCUGUCGAACGAGGAGGACUACGCGGUGAUCUCGAAGACCCUCUGCGACAUCGACUCGGAGGCGAUACCGAAGAUGCUCGAAAGUUUGUCCAAGCAUCUCGAUUUUUCCGGUCUGCUGGAGAUGGUCGAUCGCGUAAUGGCAAAGUUCCGGGAGUACGAUUUCUUCAGGGAUUUGAAGCGGGCCGCCGAAACGAUCUUAGACCUCCAGUUAGUGAAGAAGCACAUCCCGGAGUAUUUAAGGAUACGCGAAUGGAUGCCAAAAAUGAUAAUGGCCAUGAAGAACGUCACGUUCAAAGAGAUCGAUCUGACUUUCGUGAACAAAUCACUAAAAGUUCUCCAACCGAUAUUCUCGAAGGAACGCAAUUGGGAUAUCGUUGAAAAACAAUUCUUGAGGUUGCAAUCGUUGCUGGAAUUGGUGAAAGAGUUGAAACAGGGUGAAACCAGCGGCUCUUCCGAGAGCUUCUACAAAAUAGCACAACGGCUAGCCAGCUCGGCACGAGGCGUACGUACGAAUAUAAUGGAGAACGAAAAUAUGUUCCAAAUCAUCGAUCUGAUUAUCGGCUUGCUACAAGACGGGGCCAAAUUGACGAAAAAGAUCAUGCAUCGUCACAGAUACGACGCUCUAAUACCGGCUGAAAUUUUCGACGGGCUAAGAGAUUUCUUGUCGGAUCACAUAUUGGCUCCAAUGAGUUACUUGUUCUCCUACACGCGAUUAAUGACCAAAACGCUGUACCACUUCGGGAUCAUCCACGACGAGGCUCAACAAAGGAUUUACAACGUUUCUAUCAAUCAUAAGGAUACAGUUCAAAAGUUAUUGACGAACGUUCAUCCAAACUUCUAUCGGACUCUGAUUAAAUCGUUCUCUAAUUUAAAUUUCGUCGAGAAAUUUGUACAGGAAACCGAGAAUAUAAAACCCCAGUACUUCCUUUGUCAAGAGGAGACGUUGAACGAAAUUUUCGAAGAUUUUAAAGACGGAAGAGACGAAUCAAGGCACAUCAAGGAACUAUUGUGCAGCGAUUCCGGGAAGAAGUUCAUCUGGGACGUGUAUGAAACUUUCGAGAUUGAAGACUUUCAUAGCAUUGUGACGGAUACGUUGUACACGGUUGUAAACAUGGCACUGCAGCAAGUGACCGGCAUCGAUAAAUCGAAUGUCACAUCGGUUAUUAAGAACGCUGAGAAAUUUAUGUCAUUCAUGAAAUCGCCAAAAAAACCAGAUCCCGAUUGGUCCGUGUUCAAGUUCGACGAAGGCUGGCGCAAAGCCUUCGAAGAAACUCGACAGCAAGGGAGGAUGGAUAUGGUUGGGAUUCACUUGACCAUAGCAAAGAUGAUCGGCUAUCGUAGUUUAUCCUAUGUUACCAUCAAACCAGACCUGGAGAACAUGGAUAUACUUGCUGAGAUUAUUCUGCAGGACCUGCGGGAGAAUCCAAGGAAUUGGAUCAGCGAAAUUAGACGCCGGAAAGAGGAACUGAUCGAGUCCUUCUAUCUAACUGCUGCGGAUAAGGAUAAGGUUCUGAAGCUUUUGGAAUACGACAAUUUCACCAGGACGUAUUGCACGGAUCCGAAUCCGCCCGCUUUGUUAAAUUUUCCACCAGGCUCGAACGAUACGGCGCUAAAAGCGCUCGUUUGCCGUAUGUCGAAAUCCGUACAGACCGAUUUGGAAUUAAACAGGACUCAAAUCGAACAAAAAGAGGAAGAACGCCACAGGAACCGGGGAUCGUUUAACUGGACGGAUUUCAACGUCAAAACGAUCGAGAUUUAUAGUUACGUCGACGCGUUGAUCAAUCAGGAGAACUCCGACUACGAUCCGGCGCGGCUGGAACGUUUGAAGACGGAGCUUAAAACAUCGUGGAGCCUCUAUAUCAGCGCCAAGGACGUUUUCGAAAUGAGCGUAGGUUUCAUCUGCAAGCUCUUCAGCCUGAUGGAGAGUCCCCUUUUCCGUGCGAAGAGCGGAUGGAAGGAGAUGUACGCGUUCGGUUGGGCGUCCUCGGUGAUCUUCGAGAACGUGGAGAGGAUCGUCGAUCAAAUACAGAAGAACGAUCACGUGGCGACCUUAUCCGAGGUGCUGCAGGAUUUGCCGCAGACCGAAAUUCUCCUCGGAGCUAUCCUGAGAAAUUUGUCACCGCUCAUUCUCGACGUCGUUGACAUCGUCACAAUGAAACCGAUCCACCUCAUAUCCCUCUUGGACGAUUACAAAUCGCGCGAGGAACAAUGGCCCUGUGUGAAGAACGAGAGCGUCGGUGCUGCGAUGGAGCUGCGAAACGGCACCCGCGAGAUAAUACGAGAGAUCGAGAGGAUAUCGUGCAACCCGUCUUUGUUCAUACAGGAAUGGAAGGAGCAACCGGUCUUAACGAGGGCGAAAAAAAUCUUUCAGCACGACGACGCGAUACAACUUCCACCGUUCAAUUGGACCUUGGGCUACGCGAAAUUCCGUCGAUUGGCCAAGAAACUCGACGAUCUGGUCAACGAUGCGAAACAGGUCGCGUUGGCAGAACAACCGAAUCUCCUCGAGCAUCUGGAGUCGCUGACACCGGAAGUAAAAAGCAUAUUCGAGGACAGGUGGCCAGAUAAGAACGAGGCCAGGACCGUCCUUGAUUACAUCGACAUGGAAUUCGACAAAACCCUGGAUGCCUUUAAAAGCAAUCUAUCAGCCAGUGAUAUUUGGAAUCCGACAGUCUCGAUCGAGAAUCGUAUUCUCGUUCUACUGAAAUUCACUUCUCACGCCGUUCACAAGAUUACAACGACUGCUACGAACAUUUUACGCGAAGCAAUACAGUCGCAUUCUUUAGAACACGGUGCGAAACUGAGCUUACUACCGUUGCUGGGAUUCUCCACAAAUACACCUGUAUCGAUUUAUUAUAACAAACUGUCCUUCGUUCUGGCUACAUUGAUAAAUGGACUGUCCGACGAGGAAAUCACUGAUCGUAUCGUGACGGAGUUGGAGCGCAACGGUAGUAUCACCUGCACUCAACUGUUCGAUUGGUGGACGGAGGCUGUCAUUGGUAUCACUCCUGAGGAAUACAGAAUCCUGAAGAACUUCACCUGCGAUCUCGAUCCAGACAACUUCAAUGCCUACACCGAUUUGUACAUGACUGAGACGACCGUGUGGAGAACACCUGUCGACAAAUAUCGAUCGUACACGAUGACCAUGAUCGGUGAUCUCUAUGAUUCCGUAUCAGAAACUUGGAAAUUCGUCACAGAUACGAUGAACAAGACUGUAGAAAUACAGGUGCCAUUUUCGACGUCCUAUUGGUUGGCCACUCUUCAGAACUUGGAGGACGCUCUGGAAUAUAACGAUACAAAACCCACAUCUCAGGAAAUGAAAGGAGGCAAAUUUAGGUUUCUUAUAGAGGGUAUUGCCGAGGCUCUAGGUCACAUUACGAGCACGAUAAAGAACAUUAAUCCACAGGAGAAUACGAUCCAUCUGUGGAACUUAGUCGAGAGAGGUGAUGCUCGUCAGUUGUUAAAGAUUCUCGAUAUCCAUCCAGAAGAAGCAAUCGCUUUGGUCGCCAGCAUUACUACGAUCAAUGCGACGACAGGCAAUUUCAUGCCUUACGAAGAAGUAAGGAAAACCGUGUGCAGACUACCGUUCAAUUCGAAUUACUGGUUUGCCCCCAAUCGAACCCGGUUCAUACACGAAAUUUGCUCCUUCGACCCUUACCAGCUAUUGAAGAGCAUAACCAGCGAUGAGUAUUUCCUUGCAGCGAAAAAUCAAGCAAUGCUGCCAAACAUGACACGCAUGAGUUCUGCCGUCACCAAGCUGCUAGAUGCCGCAUUCGCUUUCCACGAGAAGUAUCCUAACGUCGUUUUAAGAUCGAACAUCUUCAGCGCGAGGACCUGGCAGCAUAUGUCGAACGAGACUCUGUCUAUCGUUUACACGGCCGGGCAAAGUUGGCUGAAGAGGUGCGCGAUGAACGAAAAACUCGAGGGCCGCAUCAGAUUGAGUUCGUCGAUCGGCGCAUCGGAUCCAGUAACGAGAUUAAUUCGAAUGUAUCAGCUCAUAGACGCGACGGUCGAACUGCUGGCCGGCGGUGACGUCUGGCAAAAGCUGCGUACACUCUACGAAAGCUCGAAGAUGAAACCGCUCUUGACUCUGAUAGAAGAUCUGCCGAAUCUCGUCGUGAGCGGUGUUGACACUUUCGUGAAGUCGGAGAGGUUGAGCGAUUUCGUAGAAAAGCUCUCGUUCGGCCGGGUGCACCUGUGCGACAUCGACAAAUAUUUGAUCGUGCCCAGUUUCGUGAGGAAGAAAGCACUCUUGUCGAGCGUCUCCAACUAUUGCCAGAAGAUCGUCCUCUCCGACAAGCGUCUGACGCUGAUCGAUAUAUUGCCUCUCGAUCAGAAGUACGAGGAGGUUCGACCACCGAAGAAUCUAUCCGGAAAUUAUAGCGAUAUUUACCUUCAAGAGAGAAUGGAUCACGUUCAAUCGACAUUAAUUCGAAUUGCUACCGAAGGCUUCAAGACCGUGAAGAUCCCCGCAUGGUGGACAUCCUUCAAAGAAGGCACGUUCGAGGACUUUUUAUCUAACUACAAGAAAGAGAACCCGAGAGCGCUCGCUCACUUGGUGGUGAAAAAAGUUUCCACGAUCGCGAGGAACAUUAUAAAUUCUGCCAAGACCACCGAAGACUGUUCAUGGUGUAUCACAUUUCCUUUCGAAGUUCUCAAUUCUCAGCUGGUGCACCAUCAGCUUUACGCGAAGCUCCUCUGUCAGCUGAAUCGAUUGAACGUUUCGACAAUCCACAAUAUCCUGAUGCACAAUUUUUAUUGGAAUAAAACCGCCAGUAUGAUAAAAGAUUACAAGUACCUAAGCGUCAAACGAACCAGGGACGAAUUCGUAUCGACUCUGGAGAGUACCUUGAAUUACGUCGUCGACAUUAUAGUGAACUUUCACAACGAAACUUACAGCGACAGGAUGCACGAGUGCAUGCGGAAAUUUAUAGGAGAACCCGCCUAUUCCAGGCCUGGAUUGUACGCCACCAUGGUUAUCGGUGUGCUGGAAGCCUUGCAGAGGAAUGCACCUACCAUUCUGGAUAGGGGCACGAACCACAAGAGCAUCGUCGCAUUGUCUCGUAUGGCGGAGAAGUACGUCCCGAUCUGGAAGCCCAUCCGCGACGUCGUGAAGGCGUCGGAUGUCAGCGACGUCGAGGCGUUCUUGCCGGGCGCGAUGAUUAACGCGAACGCGUUGCUGAAUGACAGGAACGGGAGUAUCUGUCGGACGAAGCAAGAAUGUCGUAACAGUACGGUUCUGUACGAACGUCUUAGCUCGAAGGAAGCGGAGAAAGUGUUCCGCUACGACCCGAAGGCGUCGAAUUACAGCUCAUUGGUAGAGAUCGCGGAUCGAUUGUCUCGGAGUAUGGAUCUGGAUCGUAUCGAUUACGACUUGAAACAGUGGCGCGCGGACGCUUCUUGGAAUUUAACGUGGCUGAAGGAGAUCCUUAGCCACUUAUCCGUCGUUAUCGGAGAGGGCGGCAAUCUACUCGACGUCGCCAGUAAAAUCGACUUCCAGGACGUAUCGAACGUCCUCGGGGCUCCCGACGUCGUCGACGGAGUGGUUAAUGUACUGAAGGAUAAGACGGUGGACAAGCUCUUCGACGGAUUCGAGGAAUUAGUCGAGGACGUGAGACCCUUUGUCGAGGAACCCGUGUUGGACGAUAUUUAUAAAAUGGUCCAGGCUUUACAGUCGAUGGAAAUUUUCAAGAAUAUAGGCUUGCUCGACAUGAAAUACGUUAUCAGAGACAUGUUCGACAACUGGGACGUGGUAAGAUCGUACUUGGUCGACAAGAUGGGAAUUUCCAACGACGUCGCGCUGACGCUGAGCCAAGCCAAGAUAGACAUGAUUUCCGUCUUCAUGAAAGAAAGAAAAGCUCUCGCCUUAAAGGAGAUCAUUUGCUCGCCGGAGAAGCUCAGCGAUAUGUUAAAUUUCAACAGCAGCCGAAUCACCGCCGAAGAAGUCAGCGCGGCUGUCUGUCAGUUCGAGGACUCGCAGACGCAGAACGUGACGAUCACGUUGAUUAAGAAUUUGAAUUUCGAUUACAUCUUCAAGACCCUGAUGAACGCGAACGUGAAGAAUAUAUUGGCGAACGCGAACCUGACGGAGGCGGAGGGAAAAAUGGUACUGAAUAAUCUGGGAGUGGCCGCGGAGUUAUUACCAUUCUUCCGAGACAAACUUUCCUCUCAGAUGCCAUCGGCGGAAGCUUUGGAAACAGAUGCGCCGGAACCGGACCAAACGGUCUCCACCUCAAAGUUCCUCCAAGACGCCAGCGAGAUGUUAUGCGGUCAGCCGAUGGUUUCCGAUAAUGGUGAUUUGUAUAAACUCAUUUCCAAGUUGGAGGACAACAGUAAAGAAUUCGACCAGAUGGAACUCGACUCUCUGCCGACCGAUUUUUGCAGAGACACGUAUAAAGGCAUGGUUGCUAUGGGAGGUGGUAAAAUUAUAUGGUCCUACGUGAAACCUUUGCUACGCGGUCACAUCCUUUACACCCCGAAUUCCACAGUAAUUAACAAUGUAAUGACGCUGGCGAACAGGACGUUCUUGGAAAUGCAGCACUUCGGCGUGUUGAUGAGUAGUUUUGAAAAGACAUUGACCUCGUUGGCGAACCUUUCUGACAUGAGCGACAAUCUAAAGGACCUUGAGGCCAUAAUGUCGUCGGAUGUCAUAAAGAUCGCGAUCAGAUCUUUCGGCGGUGGCAACUUCGAGGGAGGAGAUUUCGCCAACAUGAAUCUUAGCGAGAUCUCGUGGCGACUUAAAAGGUCUAAACGUUUGAUCAGAAUGGUCGGCAUGCUGAAUGAUUUAUUGGAAUGCGUGCUCGUGGAUCGUGUAAGAGGAUUUCGUACCGAGGACGAGAUGGAGGCGGAAGCACGGAUUCUGAUGGAGACGCGAGAGUUUUUAGCCGGUGUCGUGUUCUUGGAUAGUCCGUCGGAAAGAUCGAGCAGAUCGUUGGACCAACAGCUGCCUAACAACGUUAUAUACAAGAUUCGUAUGGACGUGGAUUACGUGCAGUCGACGAAGCGACUGAAAAAUCAAUUUUGGAUACCCGGACCGGAGAGCAGUUUCAUAGAGCAUUUAAGAUAUAUGAGGGGAUUCGUCCAGCUUCAGGACUCCAUCGAUCGCGCGAUCGUGAGAACAAAGAGUCAGAGAGAUUUGGACUGGAAGACUGUCACGCAACAAAUGCCGUAUCCUUGCUGGAAGGACGUACCCUUCCAAACCACACUUUAUGAGUCGCAAGGCAUAGAGGUGUGUUUCUUCUUCGCUCUAAUGAUGUGUGUGGGCGCAGCUGUAAGGCACGUCGUUUGGGAACGCGAGUCACAGAAUGCAAUGGUAAUGAGCGUAAUGGGACUGAAACCUUGGAGAAACACCAUGGCUUGGUUUAUCACUACAUUCGUAGAAGUGUUAAUCGUGAUGUUCUCUAUCGCCACUAUUCUCCUAGCUGGCAAAAUCCUUCCAAAGUCCGAUCCAUCAUUGAUUUUAAUCAUGAUGAUCGAUUAUGCCUUUUCUGUAGUUACCUUCUGCUACAUGAUCUCGACGUUGUGCAGCUCGGCGAGUCUGGCUGCGAUCAUCACCGUGGUUACGUUCUUGCUGACAUUCAUGCCGUACGUCAUUGUCAUUGCUAUGGAGGCCGUUAUAGGUCUCGGGUAUAAGCUUCUCAUCUGCCUCAAUAUGUCGACCAGUUUCUGUUAUGGCUGUCUGUAUGCAGCCAGAAAAGAAGUUCAAGGAAUCGGAUUAACUUGGGACGCAAUGUGGGAGGAGUCCAGCCCCGGUGAUCCCAUGUCCCUCGGCUUGGUGCUACUAAUGAUCGCCUUCGAUGGUUGCAUUUACGCCGCAAUCGGUUAUCUCGUUGCCAAUUACACGAAUUCAGACGAGGAAAGCGACACGAGUAGCUUGACGGUCAGCGAAAAGCAGGCGGGGGUGAGAUUCGAGGGUGUCAGGAAAGUUUACCACACCGAUCAGGGUGACGUCACGGCCGUGGACGAUUUCACUUUGAAACUCAGCGAGGGUGAGGUGACCAGUUUCCUCGGGAGGAACGGCGCUGGGAAAACUACUAUCAUCAAGAUGCUGACAGGGAUGCAGGCUCCGACCAACGGUGAAAUCUGUUUGAACGGCAUUGAGGGUUUCAAACCUGACAUAGGGGUUUGUCCUCAGGAUAACGUGCUCAUCGGCACCCUAACGCCAAGGGAGCAUUUGAUGUUUUACGCGAAGUUGAAACAGCCCAAAGACGACGCGACCGUGGAACGCGACGUGAACGAGAUGCUGACGUCCUUGGAACUGGGCAGACAGGAGCACGAACCAGUGUACCGGCUUUCGGGCGGUACAAAGAGACGGCUCUGCGUAGCUCUGGCAUUCCUAGGAUCACCGAAGCUGGUGAUCCUGGAUGAACCUGGCGCCGGAGUGGAUCCCGCGGCGAGGCGAAGGAUUUGGCGUCUAAUCGAUCAGCACAGGAUUGGCAGGACCGUCAUCCUGUCAACUCAUCAUUUGGACGAGGCCGACAUGCUCAGCGACACCGUUGUCGUGAUGCACAAAGGAAAGAUACUCUGCACCGGAUCGCCCCUGUCGUUGAAGAUGAUGCACGGUCGCGGCUACAGACUCCUCGUAACAUUCCCAGCCGAUCGUGACGCCGAUUCGAUAGAUAAAAAAAGAUUGGAGACACUGAGAGGUAUGAUCGAGGAUGUGGUUCCCAACGCUACAAUAAAUGAGACAUCAGGGACGGAGGUAGUCGUCAUACUGCCAUUCCAAGGGAUGAACGGUACACAGAAUAAUAUAGUACAAGUUGCCAAGGUUUUGGAGGACAAUAAAAAGAUGUUGGGUUAUUCGCAUUUCUCUUUGGAAUGCGACAGUUUAGAACAGGUAUUUCUGGACUUGUGCGCUAGAGCAGAAGGUGGGCCCUCUGUUAUCAAAGCCAGCCAGGAUAGUGUUAUCAGUGUGGAGACCGGUGAUGUGACGAUGUCUAAACAUGAUUUAAUUAACACCGAGCCGACUCCGAGACCUUCGCCCAUUAGGCAAAUAAAAGCUUUGUUGAAAAAGCGAAUUUGGCACUUCCGUAAGGACUGGCUGACAUUCGCGGUUGGUCUCUUUUUGCCGACAAUGUUCGUUGCGGUCGCUAUGGGAUUCUCUUUGAUCAGGCCACCGUCCGAGGAUGAACCGCCAUUAAUUCUUACGCCCAAGCUGUAUGAUACCCAUCCGACUUAUUUCUACAGCAUCGAUAACGGCGACGACUCGUUUUUGCAACACGUAUCCCUACAGCUUCACGAUCGAUUUGGGGACGACUAUGCUGGUGCCUGGCAAACAUUGCCAAAUGACACAGGUACCUGUGAAUGUUUGGACGGUCAACAGGUAUGCCAUGGUGUAUCGCAAGCCGUCGAAGGUCUCUUGCAGGUAUUACCAGGUAGGCCUACUCUGGAUUGGAUAGUAUCGACCCACCAGGAGUAUAUAGAAAAAAGAUACGGGGGUUGGUCAUUGUCUCACGAAAAAGACGAGCCACUCUUUGUCGUCUGGUACAACAACAAAGGGCAUCAUGCUCUACCAUCAUACUUAAGCGCUUUGAACGAGGCAGUUUUGAGGGCGUCGGGAGUACAAGGCCGCUUAACAACGCUCAAUCACCCUUUAAGACUCUCCAGCGAUCAACUAAAUCGAACGACAUUGCUACAACACGUGGCGGACGUCGGGGUGGCGUUGGUACUUUUGAUCGCUUUCAACUUGGUGGCUGCUCAGGGCUCGAAGGAACUCGUCAGGGAAAGAUUGACGGAGGAGAGGAGAAUUCUUUACCUAGCGGGUGUGCAUCCUAUCACCUACUGGAUAACAGUAUUGAUCUGGGACUUCUUUGUCUUCGGCUGCUCCAUUGUUUUAGCGGUGAUAGUCUUCGAGAUCUUUGGCCUUCCCGCGUACGUCGCAAGGGGAAACUUACCUGGGAUCUGUGUAUUACUCCUCCUCUUCGCUUGGGCUGCGCUACCGUUCUCGCAUUUAACGGAGAAGGCUUUCGACGAUUCAAGUAUGUCGAACAUGGUGCUCUUCUGCGUGAACACUUUCAUAGGCGUAGCUUCCCUGGCAACGAUACUGGUCCUCGACAUUCUGGGCAAAACGAAAAGCGCGGAGGACGCGCGUAACAUUUUGCAUAACAUUUUAUUGAUCUUCCCUCAAUACGCCUUGGGCGAUGCCCUCGUGCAAAUAUCGCGGAACGAUAUUACGGCUCAAUUGUUGGAAAAGUUCCACAUGGACACCUACAAGCCACCGUUAAGUUGGGAUCUUCUGGGUCCUCACUACGUUUACCUCACAGUUAUUGGUGUCAUUUUGUUCUCAUUAAAUUUGCUGAUCGAGUGUGGACUGUUGCCCAAUUGGAACAAGCAGAGAUGCCCUUACGAGGUGAUCCAAGAGGACGAGGACGUGUCGAAGGAGAGGAUGAGAGUCGAGAGUGGAAUGUCCGAUGAUAUUUUGCAAACGGUGAAACUCAGGAAAGAAUAUAGCAGCGUUUACGGGACAAACGUAGCCGUGCAAAAUUUAAGUAUCGGGGUGCAGGCCGGUAAGUGCUUUGGUCUUCUGGGUACGAACGGCGCCGGAAAGAGCACCACGUUCCGGAUGUUGACUACGGAGGUCAUACCAACCGUGGGUAGGAUCGUUUUACAAGGGAAAGAAAUCAGCAAGGGGCCGUUGUGCAACGGCGAGAUCGGCUAUUGCCCUCAGAGCGAUGCCCUGGACGGUUUCUUGAGUCCGCAUCAGUGUCUGACGAUUCACGGGGAAGUUUGCGGACUGAGUAACGUUUCCAAGGCGGUCGAGUCGGCGCUGAAGAGGCUCGAUCUGCUGAAAUACGCGCACAAGAGAGUGAGCAGCCUCAGCGGCGGUAAUAAAAGGAAACUGUGCACCGCCUUGAGCGUAAUGGCGCCUGUGCCUGUGGUUCUCAUGGACGAGCCAACGAGCGGCAUGGACCCGGCAACGAAGGAUCUGGUGGCCAAAACGAUCAGGCGAUUGACGAAGAACCAGUGCUGCGUAAUCCUCACCUCGCACAGCGUGACGGAAUGCGAGAAUCUCUGCAACAGAGUCGGCAUUCUGGCGAAGGCUGGUCUCAGGUGCAUAGGAACGCCGCAGCAUUUAAAACACAAAUUUGGCGAAGGGUACGUGGCGUUCUUACGGUUCCGUCAGCCGGUUUCGUCCACGGAUUUGAGGAAAGCCAUAGCGAUGUACUUCCCGCAAGCUGUGGUCUCCUCGAGACAGGCCAACGCCGCUCGUCUUCUGGUACCACGAAGCCAGGACAUGGCAGUGAGCACCAGCUUUAAUAAGCUGAAGCUGUUAGCCGAGGAAUUGAAAGCCACGGAUUACACGCUGACACAAAGUUCGCUGGAUCAGGUGCUGGUGAAUUUCUCGGAAGAGAUGGACGAUGUCGAAGGAUCUACGAUCUGCACGCAAAGCAGUAGCAACAACGUCUUAAAUAUUUAUUCCAGCAAAGACACUAUACACAUGGAAACGUUUUGAUAGGUUCCACGAGUCGGAUCAUGUUUACCGUCGAUUUUCUUCGUGAUCGAAUUUAGUUUUCAAUGUUGCGUAAACUUUACACGGUUUACAAGGUUUAUCUGUUAUUAACAUAUACAUAUAGAUCGUGGUACCUACUGUGAUAGCUUUAAUUCAAUUCUCAAACCACGUUUGAAGUAUGUACAGUACGAUGGGAGCUUGCGUCAGCCUUCAAUGAUCAAGUGCCUGCUAACGAUACACGAUUAGUUAUCAAUUCUUUUUUUUUUUACAUAUAGAUAUCACGAUUGGUUAGUUUUUAUAGAUACAUGACUUUCGAAAUGUUUGCACAGGAUUUAUUACUCGGGUUAUGUGUGUACAAUUAAUCAAUAUUAGUUAAUCGAUAUUGUUUAUAGCUAUAGUUUAUUGAUUUUAUUCUCUAAAGAGAGAAAUCGAGAAUAAUCGUGCAUCGCAAAUAAACAUUAGUGAAACAUUUCUAUUCUCUUCGUGUCGGAAUAUAAUUGAAUAAAAUUAAGAGAUCAGAUUAUAAUAUAAAAAAAAAUUCCAUACGAAAUCGGUGCUUGUCGAAGUGCUAACAUCAGUUACUCAAUGCCAUGAUUAUAAUUUUAUUGUAGAUAAAUGUAUGUAAGUUUUAUAAAAAUUCUAUCACACGA